CCUAAAACGGGUCAAAAGAAUAUUAAAAAAGAAAAUGCACUAGGGAUCCUUUCGCAUUCUCAGACCCAAUCGCCUCUGCGUCCGGCAAACGCAGUCUCUCUCUCUCUCUCUCUCUCUCUCUCUAGUUGUUGCUUUAGGGUUUGAGAGCUUCAAACAAUGGUGAGAGGAUUACUGAAGCAGCUUACCUCUCGUUCUCUCUCUAUCGCCGGAAAAUGGCAGCAGCAACAGCUCCGCCGCCUCAACAUUCACGAAUAUCAGGGGGCUGAUUUGAUGAGCAAAUAUGGGGUUAAUGUUCCGAAAGGUGUUGCCGUCGCUUCCGUUGAUGAAGUCAAAAGGGCAAUUCAGGAUGUAUUCCCCAAGGAAAGUGAGUUGGUAGUUAAAAGCCAAGUUUUGGCUGGUGGAAGAGGCUUGGGAACCUUUAAAAAUGGUCUCAAGGGUGGUGUUCACAUUGUCCCGGCUGACCAAGUUGAAGAUAUCGCUGGCAAGAUGCUUGGUCAGAUUCUUGUUACCAAGCAAACAGGUCCUCAGGGAAAAAUUGUCAGCAAGGUUUAUUUGUGCCAAAAGUUGUCGCUUGUCAAUGAGAUGUACUUUGCUAUCACUCUGGAUCGCAAAACUGCUGGCCCACUUAUAAUUGCCUGUGCAAAGGGAGGAACAAGCAUUGAAGACCUUGCUGAGAAAUUCCCUGAUCAGAUAAUAAAGGUACCUGUCGAUGUUUUCACUGGAAUUACAGAUGAAGAUGCCGCAAAGGUUGUUGAUGGUUUGGCUCCUAAAGUGGCCGAUAGAAGUAGUUCAAUUGAUCAAGUGAAGAAAUUAUAUAAGCUAUUCAGUGAGACUGACUGCACACUUCUGGAAAUCAAUCCACUUGCAGAGACUUCUGAUAACCAGCUAGUAGCUGCUGAUGCCAAGUUGAACUUUGAUGACAAUGCUGCUUUUCAUCAGAAAGAGAUAUUUGCUCUUCGGGAUCCAACACAAGAGGAUCCUCGAGAGGUGGCUGCUGCCAAAGUAGAUUUGAAUUAUAUUGGGUUAGAUGGGGAAAUUGGUUGCAUGGUGAAUGGUGCAGGAUUAGCUAUGGCUACAAUGGAUAUUAUUAAAUUACAUGGGGGAACUCCUGCCAAUUUUCUCGAUGUAGGCGGAAAUGCUUCUGAAAACCAGGUUGUUGAGGCAUUUAAGAUUUUGACUUCUGAUGAGAAAGUGAAGGCCAUUUUGGUGAAUAUCUUUGGUGGAAUAAUGAAAUGUGAUGUGAUUGCAAGUGGAAUCGUCAAUGCUGCUAAACAGGUUAAACUAGAAGUGCCCGUGGUCGUUCGUCUCGAAGGCACCAACGUUGACCAAGGAAAGAGAAUUCUGAAGGAAAGUGGAAUGGCUUUAAUUACAGCAGAAGAUCUGGAUGAUGCUGCUGAGAAAGCGGUUAAAGCACUGAAGAAAUAGAUCCCUUGAUUCUCUUUAUAAUUACAUUAUGAAUAUAAUUCUUAUUUUAUCUUUUCCUUUUUCUCUUAUGGUGACACUGAUGUACUCUGUUGGUGUUUUGUGUAUGACAUUACAUAACACACCACCUGCAUAGUUCGAGCAUAA